AUGCCACCUCCAGCGAUUCUUAAAGAUCUGCACGGGUUCUUACAAUACAAGCAGGAGAACAUCAGCAUCAACAUCACGCCUCCAGCUGUUCGUAUCAUUCACUCUGGCCACGCCUGUAACGUGGAGGAGGAGCGCUACAGCGAGAGGGUGUACACCAUCCGUGAGGGCGAGACGCUGGAGUUGGCCUGCCUGGUCUCAGGACAUCCACGGCCACAGGUUCGAUGGACUAAGACAGCGGGCAGCGCAUCCGAUCGCUUCCACGACUCCACCGUGUUCAACGAGACGCUGCGCAUUAAUAACAUCCAGAGGCACCAGGGCGGGCGCUACUACUGCAAGGCUGAGAACGGCCUCGGCAUCCCCGCCAUCAAGUCCAUCCGGGUGGACGUCUACUAUCUGGAUGAUCCGGUGGUGACGGUACACCAGAGCAUAGGAGAAUCAAAGGAACAGUUCUACUACGAGAGGACGGUCUUCCUCCGCUGCGCCGCCAACUCCAACCCCCCGGUCCGCUACAGCUGGAGACGCGGGCGCGAGUUUCUGUCCCAGGGUUCCGACAAGGGCGUGGAAAUCUACGAGCCCUUCUUCACACAGGGAGAGACGAAGAUUCUCAAGCUGAAAAACCUUCGACCUCAGGACUACGCCAGCUACACGUGCAUCGCCUCGGUGCGCAACGUCUGUGGCAUCCCUGACAAGAGCGUGGUGUUCCAGCUCACCAACACAACCGCAUCUCCCACCAUUAAGCUCCUGGUGGAGGACCCGAUAGUGGUGAACCCCGGCCAGACGGUGACGCUGGUGUGCGUGAGCACGGGCGGAGAGCCGACUCCGGCCCUGACGUGGGUACGGAACAGCGAAGAGCUUCCCGGUAGGAGCGUGUUGAAGGGCGGAACCCUGACCAUCCCCGCCAUCAGCGUCGAGGAGGCCGGAGUCUACAGCUGCGCGGCCAGCAACAACGUGGGCAACCCGGCUAAGAAGUCCACCAACAUCGUCGUCAGAGCUCUCAGAAAAGGCCGUUUCUGGAUCACGCCCGACCCGUACCACAACGACGACAACAUCCAGAUUGGGCGCGAGGUGAAGAUCUCGUGUCAGGUGGAGGGCACCCCGUCCGAGGAGCUGAUCUUCAGCUGGCUGAAGAACGGCAGAGCUCUGCGCAGCUCGGAGCGCAUGGUCAUCACGCAGACCGAACCCGAGGUCACGCCCGGGACCACCAACCUGGACAUCAUCGACCUGAAGUUCACCGAUUUCGGCACCUACACCUGCGUGGCGUCACUGAAGAACGGGGGCAUACCCGAAAUUAGCAUCGACGUUAACAUCUCGUCCACCACAGUGCCCCCGAGUCUGACGGUCCCUCGAGGGAAGUCCUUGUUGGUGGUGCAGGAGAACGAGACGGUGGAGCUGCAGUGUCUGGUGUCGGGUAAACCCAAGCCUAUAAUUCUGUGGUCCCGCGCCGACCAGGAGGUGCCCAUGCCCGACGGCAGCAUGCAGUCCGAGAGCUACGACGGCGUCCUGCGCAUCGUAAACGUGUCGCGGGAAAUGAGCGGCACGUACCGCUGCCAGACCAGCCAGUACAACGGCUUCAACGUCAAACCCAGAGAGGCCACCGUCGAGCUCACCGUCCAGUAUCCGCCGGCGGUGGAGCCGGUGUACACCGAGCUGCGGCAGGGCCUGGGCCGGGCGUUCACGCUGAACUGCAGGGUCCUGCGCGCCCACCCGUCCCGCGUUCUGAAGUACGAGUGGAAGCUAGGUACUCGCUUGCUGACCGUGGGCCAGUUAGACACGCGGGACGACACCGACUACAACGUCAAGGCUUUAAACCGCGAGGGCUACGGCGCCUACACCUGCGACGUCAGUAACGAGGCCGGUGUCGGCCGCUGCACCUUCUUUGUUAGCGGAAAGGCGUUUGCACCCGAGUUCUACUAUGACACGUACAACGCUCUGUGGCAGAGCAAGCCCCGAACGUACGGUUUCAGACUCCAGUGGACACAGAUGAACCCCGGCGCAGUGGACCAAAUCGUGGCGUAUCGAAUUGGGAUCAAACAGUUGGGACAUUCGCGGUGGUGGGAGCAGGAGAUCCCCAUGGAGGGUGCCAUUCAGAAAGGCGAGCUCCUCACCUACAACCUGACUGAGCUGAUAAAACCCGAGGCCUACCAGGUGCGCCUCACUCCCAUCACCCGUCUGGGAGAAGGAGACUCCACCGAUAGGAUCAUCCGCUACACUGCUCCUGUAAACCCUCACUGGAGUAAAUUUCACUGUGGCUUUGAUGACGAAGCGAUCUGCAUGUUCACCCAAGACAAGACGGAGGAAUUCGACUGGACGAGGCACAGCGCCUCCACCAGGGACACCAAAUACACUCCCAACACUGGACCGAGCAGCGACCGCAGUGGCUCAAAGCAAGGUUAUUAUAUGUACGUUGAGACGUCACGGCCUCGUCUGGAAGGAGACCAGGCUCGGCUGCUGACCCCGCUGUUCAGCGUCGCUCCGAAGAACCCGUACGGGAGCGUGGCUCACAAUCCCACCUACUGCUUCAGCUUCUUCUACCACAUGUACGGCAAGCAUAUAGGAUCUCUCAAUGCGUAUUUGAGGCAGAAGAAUCCCUCUGGCGAGGACAGUUCCGUCUGGACCCUGAGCGGAAACCAAGGGGACCGCUGGAGACAAGCUAGGGUGAACGUCCACCCUACGUCCGCCUUUCAGAUGGUUCUGGAGGGCGUCCGUGGCGCUGGCAUCGAAGGAGACAUUGCCAUAGACGACGUGGCCAUCGAGGAAGGAAAGUGUCAAGAUCCACCUCCCAACAGCAAUCCGAGGUCCCUGGCUCCCCCUACAGCGAAUCAUAUAUGGCAGCUUUGUCUCGCUCCGCUCCUGGUCCUGGUCGGCCGUCAGAGGUGA